AUGGCUCUUGCCCCCAAAUUUGCGGGACAGAGGUUGAUGCCUACCGCUGCUCACCAGCAACAUACGCUUGAAAUAUACCUUGACUAUGUCUGCCCUUUCUCUGCCAAGUUAUUCAAGACUUUCUAUGCUGCAGCCCGACCGAUUAUUACUGAGAGGUAUAAAACACGUCUUCAAGUGAUCUUUCGCCAGCAUAUCCAACCUUGGCACCCAUCAUCUACACUCACGCAUGAAAGCGCCGCUGCAAUCCUCAAGAUAGCACCGGAUAAAUUCUGGGAGUUCAGUGCAGCCUUAUUCGAGCAGCAACAAGAGUUCUUCGACGUCAACGUUGUGAAUGAAACUCGCAAUCAGACGUAUGACAGGCUUGCAAAUAUUGGUCAAAGGGUUGGCGUGGACAAGAAUGAAAUUCUGAAACUGCUGACAAUAGCCUCGGAAAUCGACGAAAAUGGACAGUUGAACACCGGGAAUAAGGUCACCAAUGAUAUCAAGGCCAUGGUCAAAGCAAGCCGAGUGGUUGGGGUUCAUGUUUCUCCAACAGUGUAUUUUAAUGGCGUUGAAGAACCAGGAAUCAGCAGUAGUUUCACCGCUACUCAAUGGGAGCAAUGGCUGGCCGAAAACGCAGUCUGA